UAUAUGACACGUCAUUAAUAAAGUUGCAUGUUGAUAUAUAUAUAUAUCCACAACAUUCAAUUUUAAUAGCUUACCAUAAAUAUUGUUACUUGUUAAGACUUAUCUGCGUAUAACGAAUAAUACGAUCUAUUUGCAAUGAAUCAAGUCAUGGAAUAUAAGUGAAAAUGGGAAAUAGCGCGGCAAAAAAACCCAAAUCUUUAGAUAUACAGUAUGAAAAAGUUUGAUUGGAAUGUUACCAUGUAUAAUGAUUUAAAAGUGAAACAAUAACUCAGCAGAAACAUACAUCUUUUAAUAUGGAAUAUUUUGGUCUAUGUAAACUGACGUCUAAUAUCACAUACACGGAUUUUCUUAAUUCCGCACCUUGUCCUCCGUCGUGGCUUAAUUAUAGAGAAUUCCGAGACCAUGCAUUAAAUCAAAGUUUUUGUAUGCAUGAAGUUUGUAACUUAGCAAAACGAUGUGGUCUAACUGGUUCUGAGAUUGACUGCUCGUUAACAUCAACGACUGCGACAGCAACUGAUUUAUCCAGCGUUGUUACUGGUAAUAACCAACCAUUUGACGACGUUAAUAAUGACGAUGACAUUAAAAUCAUACUCAGUGUGGUUUGGACUAUUCUUGCAGCCAUUAUCAUGACAAUCAUGACAAUCAUAGGAAUAUCACUCUACAAGGAAAGAAAGAAAAGGGCUAAUACAACAAAUUCUCAACACACUGUAAAAGAAACACCUAGAACAACAAAAGAAGACCUUGAAUUGCAGUGCUAUUCAACGAUUAAAGAACCUGUUUCAGAAAAUUCUAGUGAAGGAAAUUUAGAACAAAACCUACAAAAUAUUAAAACAACAACUGCGUAAUUCAGUUAUACGCGGAUGAAAGCAAAUAAAUAAAAAUACUCCGCUGUCGCCACUAACAACACGUUUUCAUUUUUUUUCAAUGACGCACGUUAAUGGUAAUUAAAUGGAGUUUGAAUUCCUGAAUUAUUCAUAUUUCUAUCUGAAUAACAUCAUUGCUUAUUAUUAUCU